AUGACGUCAUUUGACCUAAAAAAUAUCUAUCUAUCUAUCUAUCUAUCUAUCUAUCUAUCUAUCUAUCUUGGAUCUGUUGUAUUAAUAGAAAAAAUAUUCUCCCCAUCUAUCUAUCUAUCUAUCUAUCUAUCUUGGAUCUGUUUUAAUAGAAAACAAAUAUUCAUAUCUAUCUAUCUAUCUAUCUAUCUAUCUAUCUAUCUUGGAUUUGUUGUAUUAAUAGAAAAAUCAAAAUCAAUCUAUCUAUCUAUCUAUCUAUCUUGGAUCUGUUGUUUUAACAGAAAAAAUAUCCUCUCUCUCUCUCUCUCUCUCUCUCUCUCUCUGUGUAAAAAUAUCAAUCUAUCUAUCUAUCUAUCUAUCUAUCUUGGAUCUGUUGUAUUAAUAGAAAAAAUAUUCUCCCCAUAUAUCUAUCUAUCUAUGUAUCUUGGAUCUGUUUUAAUAGAAAACAAAUAUUCAUAUCUAUCUAUCUAUCUUGGAUCUGUUGCAUUAAUAGAAAAAUCAAUCAAUCUAUCUAUCCAUCUUGGAUCUGUUGUUUUAACAGAAAAAUAUCCUCUCUCUCUCUCACUCUCUUUCUCUCUCUCUGUCUCUCUUGGAUCAGUUGUUUUAAUAGAAAAAGUUAUCUAUCUAUCUAUCUAUCUAUCUAUCUAUCUAUCUUUGAUCUGUUUUUUUUUUUAA